GACUCCUCCCCUGCGCCCCUCGGUCCCCGCCAGGCGGCGUCCUCUGCCGGAGGCCGUGAGCUUCGGCCGCCACUGGGGUGUUGAGACUGGCGUGGAGACAGGCGGAGAGACGGGCGUUCCCAGAACAUCUUUCCACUUGGAAUAAAUUUCCCUCGUGGACUGGUUUUCAGCCUUAGGAUCCCCAGGAAUACAAGUGCAAAUUCCUGCGCGCCACCCCCAAAGAUCCUGCUUCCGUAGAUCUGGGGCCUGGAAAUAGGCAUUUUAUUUUAUUUAUUUAUUUUUAAGAUUUUAUUUAUUUAUACAAGAGCUGGGGUACAGGCCAGAGGCAUAGGAGGGUGAGAGGAUUCACCAGAGACAGAGCGGGGAGCAGCACAGGCACACGGAUCGAAAGUACUGAUGAGGGGAGCAGCGGGCGAGGCAGGAGAGGGCUGCCGCGCCAUGUGGGUAUCUCUCUGGUCGGCUGGGAAUCGAACCCGCGCUGCAGAGGCUGCGGACAGCUUCAUAGCACUGUGCUCAACCUGCUGCGCCACAGGGGAGGCCUGGAAAUAGGCAUCUUAAGCUGCCGCUCCAAGUGGAUGCCCAUAGUCUGCAGCGCUGGACUUCAGAAACAUUGUUAUAACUGGUGGAGAGGAAUAUUACAUUGUUUGGUUGUGGGACUGUUUAUCUUCAGGAAGACUUCCAAGAGGAAGUAAUUCUAGGCGGGCUUUGUCAUGAGCGACCAAAAUACCCACUGGUUCUUUGCCCUACAGUGAUGAAUUCCCGCCCCUGCCACCACCAGGAUGCAGAAGAUCUCAGUGCUACUGUUCCUGGCCUGGGUCAGCUUCCUCUUCUACGCUGGCAUUGCCCUCUUCACCAGUGGCUUCCUGCUCACCCGUGUGGAGCUCACCAACCAUAGCAGCUGCCAAGAACUCCCAGGCCCUGGGUCUCUGCCAUGGAGAAGCCAGGGGGAGCCAGGGGCCUGCUGGAUGGCUUCCCGUUUCUCCAGAGUUGUGUUAGUGCUGAUUGAUGCUCUACGAUUUGACUUCGCCCAGCCCCAGCAUUCACAAGUUCCUGGGGCGCCUCCUGUCUCUCUGCCCUUCCUGGGCAAACUGGGCACCUUGCAGAGGAUCCUGGAGAUUCAGCCCCAUCAUGCCAGGCUCUACCAAUCUAAAGCUGACCCUCCUACCACCACCAUGCAACGCCUUAAGGCUCUCACCACUGGUUCACUGCCCACCUUUGUUGAUGCUGGCAGUAACUUUGCCAGCUAUGCCAUAGUAGAAGACAAUCUGAUCAAGCAGCUCACCAGUGCAGGAAGGCGUGUAGUCUUCAUGGGAGAUGAUACCUGGAAAGAUCUUUUUCCCAGAGCUUUCUCCCAAGCUUUCUUCUAUCCAUCCUUCAAUGUCAGAGACCUACACACAGUGGACAAUGGCAUCUUGGAACACCUCUACCCAACCAUGGACAGUGGUGAAUGGGACGUGCUGAUUGCUCACUUCCUGGGUGUGGAUCACUGUGGCCACAAACAUGGCCCUCACCACCCUGAGAUGGCCAAGAAACUUAGCCAGAUGGACCAGGUGAUCCAGGGACUUGUGGAGCGUCUGGAGAAUGACACACUGCUGGUGGUGAUUGGGGACCAUGGCAUGACCAUGAAUGGGGACCACGGAGGGGACAGUGAGCUGGAGAUCUCAGCUGCACUUUUUCUAUACAGUCCCACAGCCCUCUUCCCCAGCACCCCACCAGAGGAGCCAGAGGUAGUUCCUCAAAUCAACCUAGUGCCAACGCUGGCCCUGCUGUUGGGCCUGCCCAUACCAUUUGGGAACAUUGGAGAGGUGAUGACUGAAUUGUUCUCAAAAGUUGAAGACUCCCAGCUUCAUUCCUCUGCUCUUGCCCAAGCCUCAGCUCUUCAUCUCAAUGCCCAGCAGGUAUCCCGGUUUCUUCAUACUUACUCGACUAUGGCACAGGACCUCCGAGUGAAGGAGCUUCAUCGACUGCAAAACCUCUUCUCCAAGGCCUCUGCUGACUAUCAGCGGCUUCUGCAGAGCCCUCAGAGGGCUGAGGCAGCCCUCCAGACUGUGAUUACUGAGCUGCAGCAGUUCCUGCGGGGAGUUCGGGCCAUGUGCAUUGAGUCCUGGGCUCGUUUCUCUCUGGUCCGCAUGGCAGGGGGUGCUGCUCUCUUGGCUGCUGCCUGUGUUCUCUGUCUGCUGGUAUCUCAGUGGGCAACAUCCCAGAGCUUUUGCUUCCAGCCUCUCCUCUUAAAACCUGUGGCCUGGGGUCUGGCUGGGGCUCUUGUGUGUGCCGGACUCCUGCUCACUACUGGACUGAUGCUAGAUCCAGUGGUGCUAGGGGCUCUGGCUGCUGUGGGCUCACUUCUGCCUUUUCUGUGGAAAACCUGGCCUGGCUGGGGGUCCAGGAGGCCCCUGACUGCCCUGCUUCCCAUCCCUGGGCCUGUCCUGUCACUCCUGCUGAUUCGCUUUGCUGCUCUCUUUUCUGAUAGUUUUGUUGUAGCUGAGGCCAGGGCUACCCCCUUCCUUUUGGGCUCACUUAUCUUGCUCCUGAUUGCCCAGCUUCACUGGGAGGGCAAAUUGCUGCCAGCUAAGUUACUCACAAUGCCCCGCCUUGCCUUUUCUGCCCCAACAGGCACCCCAAGGCACAAUGGCGCUCAUGCCCUGGGGCUUGGAGUUGGGUUGCUUUUAUGUAUAAGACUAGCUGGGCUAUUUCAUCGCUGCCCUGAAGAGACGCCUGCCUGCCGCUCCUCUCCAUGGCUGAGUCCCCUGGCAUCGAUGGUGGGUGGUCGAGCUAAGAAUUUGUGGUAUGGCGCUUGUGUGGGGGCACUGGUGGCCCUGUUAGCCGCUGUGCGCCUGUGGCUUCGCCGCUAUGGCAAUCUCAAGAGUCCUGAGCCCUCUGUGCUCUUUGUGCGCUGGGGGAUGCCCCUGAUGGCACUGGGCACUGCUGCCUACUGGGCAUUGGCAUCGGGGGCAGACGAAGCACCCCCACGUCUCCGGGCCCUCGUCGCUGGGGCAUCAGUGGUGCUGCCUAGGGCUGUGGCAGGAUUGGCCGCUUCAGGGCUCAUGCUGCUGCUCUGGAGGCCUGUGACGGUGCUGGUGAAGGCCGUGGCUGGGGUGCCAAGGACCAGGACUGUCCUCACUCCCUUCUUAGGCCCUCCCACUUCUCAGGCUGACCUGGAUUAUGUGGUUCCUCAAAUAUACCGACACAUGCAAGAGGAGUUCCGGGGCCGGCUAGAGAGGAUCAAAUCUCAGGGGCCCCUGACUGUGGCUGCUUAUCAGUUGGGGAGCGUCUACUCAGCAGCCAUGGUCACGGCCCUCACCCUCUUGGCCUUCCCACUUCUGCUAUUGCAUGCCGAGCGCAUUAGCCUCGUGUUCCUGCUUCUGUUUCUGCAGAGCUUCCUUCUCCUGCAUCUGCUUGCUGCUGGGAUACCCAUCACCACCCCUGGUCCUUUUACUGUGCCAUGGCAGGCAGUCUCUGCUUGGGCCCUCAUGGCCACACAGACCUUCUACUCCACGGGCCACCAGCCCGUCUUUCCAGCCAUCCAUUGGCACGCAGCCUUUGUGGGAUUCCCAGAGGGUCAUGACUCAUCCACCUGGCUGCCUGCUUUGCUGGUGGGAGCCAACACCUUUGCCUCCCAUCUCCUCUUUGCAGUAGGUUGUCCAUUGCUGCUACUCUGGCCCUUCCUGUGUGAGAGUCAAGGGGCCCGGAAGAGGAGGCAGCCCCCAGGGGGUGAAGCUGAGGCCAAAGUCAGGCCUGAGGAGGAGGAGGAGCCACUGAUGGAGAUGCGGCUCCGAGAUGCACCUCACCACUUCAAUGCAGCAUUGCUGCAGCUGGGUCUCAAGUACCUCUUCGUCCUUGGUAUUCAGAUUCUGGCCUGUGCCUUGGCAGCCUCCAUCCUCCGCAGGCAUCUCAUGGUCUGGAAGGUGUUUGCUCCCAAGUUCAUUUUUGAGGCUGUGGGCUUCAUUGUGAGCAGCGUGGGACUUUUCCUGGGCAUCUCUUUGGUGAUGCGAGUGGAUGGUGCUGUGAGCUCCUGGUUCAGGCAGCUAGUUCUGUCGCAGCAGAGGUAGCCUAGGUGCAGGUGCUGGUUCCUGGCCAUGGGGAGAACUAGAGAACAAUCUAGCCUGGCUGGUAUGGGUGAUGGAUCAUCUGCAAGAGAGGCUCAUCUAUACUUCUUCCCACCAUGCAGCCAAGAACUACUGGCAUCUGGGACUUCAUUAUUUUAUAAUUCAAAAUUAUAGUGGGGUCUUAUCCCUAAAUCCUACUUUGGAUCCAUCUGAGGGACUGGGGGAUGGCCUCCAAAGUGGAAUAAAAUAAUAAUGUAAAUAUGUGUGUCUGAGAUGUGGGGAAGCUCCCACUGUCCUUAUAAGGGGCCAGAGGAAGGGUCAUUCUCCCCUCCCACCAGGCACACAUGGAUCAACCAUCUUAUACAGACCUGAUUACAUUUGAGAACCUUUGGAAAAUGUUUGGAGUUGUCUGAAUUCACUUCCCAGGCCUCUUCCCAUAUCAUUCUUAUUUCCUUCCUAUCAUUUUCCUUUGCCAUGCAAGGUAUUCAGUUCUUAUGCUUUGAUGGAUAACAGGUGGCUAAAAAGACACAUCCAGGCGUUGUGCAGCACACAGGCUGUGUGAGGCCCAGGAUACUGUUCUUUCCUCCUCACUAUGUCCUUCUGCUCCAGAACACCCUUUGCCCUUUACUUUUUUGGAGGCCUCCUACUUUUAACAAUCUAUGCUGCAUUUUAUCAGAACUACUUGCCCAUUUUAUACAGCAUUUCACCUGUUCUGCUGAUUAUUCCUGACCUGAAACCAAAACUGUAUGAAUCUAAUAUUCCUCAUACACGUGUCCUUUGUCCUCCAUCUACCUCACUACUGCUGUGCCAUGAUAUGCUGCCAAGAAAUCCUCAUGGAAAUGUCCAUCAAAGGAGUGAGGAGAAGCCCUUUCACUCCUUUAAAUUGGUGGAUACAACUACUAAGCAUUUAGUGAGCAGUGACCUUGUAAGAAGGAUAAAAAUGACCAUCCUCAACUCCCAUCAGAGUGACUACAGAUCCGGGCCCCUCACCUUAUUUCUUAGUCAGGCCUCCUGCCACCUUUUUUGCAGGGGGAAUCCCUUUUCUGAAGCCUAAGGAUAGUUCCCUGAACUGACAACCACUGUCUAUUUCCUUUUUCUUCUAUCUACACGAUUUUUUUAAGAGAAAGAUAUUAUAUUGAUUUACACUAUUAAGUAUUUUUACCCCUUUUACUUGACAUCAAAGAGCCCAUUUUUUAAGAGCUUUUUUGAGGUACAAUUUACCAUAAGAUUCACCCAUUUAAUGAGUACAUUUGCAUGAUUUUUAGUAUAUUCACAGAGUUAGACAGCCAUUGCCACCAUCAACUUUGGGACAUUUUCAUCAAUGCAAAAUGAGACCUGAUACUCUAGCACCAUCUAACCCUCUCAAUCUCCACCCCUAACCCGAGGCAACUACUCAUCUACUUUGUGACUAUGAUAGUCCUCAUUCUCCCCGCCACCCCAUCUACUCUUACUUUCCAUGAUUUCUGUUAGUCAGGGGCCAAAAAUAUUAGGUACAAUACAAUUAUUUUGAGAGGGACCACAUUCACAUCACUUUUUAAAGUGUAUAUUGUUAUAGUUAUUCUAUUUUAUUAUUGUUAACCUCUUUACUGUGCCUAAUUUAUAAAUUAAACUUUAUUGUAGGUCUGUAUAGGACAUACAUUGAAGGAAAAAGUAGUAUAUAUGAAGUUCUGUCCUAUCCAUGGUUUCAGGCAUCCAGUAGGGGUCUUGGAACAUCUCCCCCAUGGGUAAGGGAAGAAUACUGUAUAUUUGCCAAUUGUAGACUAGUUUUAUAGAAACACAGGCUUUUGUGACUGGCUUCUUUCAGUCAACAUAAUGUUUUUUGAGGUACACCCAUGUAGUGGCAUGGAUGACUACCUCUUUUUGGGGACGGAUAAAAUUCAUACAACAUUAAAGUGUACAGUUUACUGGUCUUUAUUUAGGACAUUCAUAGUGUUGUGCAAUCACCACCAUUAUCUAAUUCCAGAACAUUUCCAUCACCCUUAAAAGAAACUUCUUACUCAUAUAUAGACACAUCCUGACCCGCAUUGUCCCCAAUCUCUGACAGCCACAAUCUGUUUUUUGUCUCUUUUUUGUCUGUUCUACACAUUUCAUAUAAAUGGGAGCAUACAAUAUGUGGCCUUUUCUGACUGGCUUUCACUCAGCCUGAUGUUUCCAAGCUUCAUCCAUAUUGCAGCAUGUACUAGUAGUACUUUAUUUUUUAUGGCCAAAUAAUAUUCCAGUGUAUGGAUAUGUCACAUUUUGUUUAUCCAUUCACCCAUUGAUGGACAUUUGGGUUAUACAUGCUUUUUGGUUAUUGUGAAUAAUGCUGCUUUGAAUAUUCACAAAUAAGUUUUUAUUUGCACAUGUUUUUUAUUUCUCUUGGGUAUAUACCUAGUGGUAUAUCAUAGAAUUGCUAUGUUAUAUGAUAACUGUGUGUUUAACUUUUUGAGAAACUGCCAGUCUAUUUUCCAAAGGUGCUAUACUGUUUUACAUUGCCACCAGCAGUGACUAGGGUACCACUUUCUGCACGUCCAUGCCAACAUUUAUAUUUAAUUCUAAUCAUCCUGGUGGGUAUAAAGUGGUAUCUUGUGCUUUUGGUUUGUACGUCCUUGGUGACUAAUGAUGUUGGGCAUCUCUUCUUGUGUUUAUUGAAGAACUGUCCAGAUUUUAAAAAUUUUUAAUUGAGUUAUAAGCAUUGUUUAUAUAGAUUGCUUAUAUUUCUGGAUACAAAUUCCUUAUCAGAUACCCUAUUUGCAAAUAUUUAAUUCAUUUGCUGGACUUUUUUCAUUUUUGUCAUAAUGUCCUUGAAGCACAAAAUUUUAAAGUUUGAGGAAGUCUAAUUAAUCUUAAUUUUUCCCUUUCCUUUGUUUCUUCUACUCUUGGUGGCAUGUGUAAGAAACCAUUGUCAGGUGCCACAAUGUAGUUUAAGAAAGUUUUCAUCAUUUCCCUCAAAAUCUUGGUACUGUGUUUACAACUAUUCCCAAACCUACUGCAGGAGACUGAUCUGUUUUCCAUUUAAAUUUGUCCUUUCUGGAAAUUCAUAAAUGAAAUCAUGCUAUCGUGUAAUAUGUCAUCUUUUGGUCUGGCUUAUGUGACUUAGAAUAAAAAUUUUUAAGACGCUUGUUGAUGCGUUUAUCACUUUUUUGCCCUUUUCUAUUGCAGAU